GAUCCCUGCAUAUCCUCAAGCCUGCUACAUGUGACAGGAGAGCAGGAGCAUUAAACUGCUCCAGCAGUAAGGUUCUGCCAAGCUUAUCAGUUUUCUCGGUGGAGUCACCCGCAUGUGUCAUCAAGGGUCAGUUCACAGUAGGAGGCUAGGCUGGGCUCGGAGAAUCAAACCUAUCUGUUUUCGCACCAUCCACCUCGACUAACUUCAGAGCAGUGCUUAUGUCCACACAGAAAGAUGGAGGCCUCAGAAGAUCACUUUCAACACCUCUGCUGUCCCUUUUCCUGUUAAUUCUGGGAUUCAGUAUGUUAUCUUUACAAAGCAGAAUUGGAGAGGCCCAUGAUCAGCAGGAAAUGAAGGACAUAAAGGUCAACAAGAGUCAACAAAUUAUCAGUAAAGACCUACAGGGACUAUUACAGUUUCCAACCAACACUGCAGGGUGGUGGCAUGCACUCAGACCUCAUCAUAAUGACAUCGCCUCUAAAAAGCCUUGGUUCUACAACCCCCGGCCUCUUCCGCUUUGUGAAUCCAGUGGCCAAGUAUCAGUGGUCUUUCUCUCCCAUACGCAUGGACACCGCUGUCACAGUGAGCGUCCCCCAGGGUCAAAUUUGCGACUGCGCUGUGACAUCACUCUGUGCAGGUGGAUAUUUGACGGGAGAGGCACAAAUGUGUCCAGCCAAUGGAACCUGGCGUCUGCUUGCAUGCCCAUCAACACUGUGGACUCCUACACACAAAACCAAUUUUCAAACAUGUAACAUAGAAAACUACGCAGUUCUAUUUAUGACAGAUCCACAUGAUCUGCAGAGACAUGUGGUUGUCGGUUUCCUUCUGAGUAAAUCACUCUCAAUGAAGAUUCUCAGAUUUGAAAUUAAUCAUUUGAUUGUGAGGAAAAUGCAUUUCAGACCAUCCUGUGCAAAUAUUUUUGCUUUAAUCAAUCAUACAUUUAUGCAGUGCUUUUUUUUUUAGGUAUCUUCUUAUCUUUACCUUCUCCAGCAUUUGCCACUCCAAUCAGACUGUCUAUUAAUAUAAUCAGAAUUUUCUUCCCUUAUCAAGCUGUUAUCCAGCAAAUGGACGCUUCACUGACCAUUAGCCAACCUCCUGGUGUUUGCAUUUUUAGCUCUCGACUGCUCAGUAAUAUACCACUUAUUUAACCAUGAGCCUAAACCAGAUCUCCAUGGUUGCAUAUUUAAAAGAUAUAGCUUAUGGAUCCUUGGCCAUAUUCAGAGUUGAGUUAUGCACAUCAGUAUGCAGACCUCAUGGAACUGCAGACCUGCAUGAAAUUCAGACAGUUGUGUGUGAGUUGCUUGUGUGAGGCAGAGUUUGCCAAAAGCAGGAGUUAUGUUAUGCAUAACUGUGCAGGAGUCACGGUUAUGCAUGAUUCUGACCUUGAAGACCAUUUUUCUUUUGUGAUGUCACUGUUUGACAGUUUGAUGUACAGUAAACAAAAUAUUUAUGCAUUGGGCUAUAAAUAUAUUAAAAACUA